AUGCUGAUGUACUGUACUGCACAACCCCACAAGUUGACGGGUGGCAAGGCCGCGCAGUGGACCACCAACAGCGGCCUGCCCGUGUACAACAACGAUGACUCGCUGACGGUGGGCCGCCGCGGGCCCGUGCUGCUGGAGGAUUACCACCUGGUGGAGAAACUUGCACACUUCGACAGGGAGCGCAUCCCCGAGCGCGUCGUGCACGCGGUGGGGGCCUCCGCAAAGGGGUACUUCGAGGUCACGAACGACGUCAGCAACCUGACGUUUGCAGAUUUCUUGAGCGAGCCGGGCAAGAGGACCGACGUGAUUGUCCGCUUCUCGACCGUCAUUCCAUCCAAGGGACAGGCGGAGACGGUCAGGGACCCCCGCGGCUUUGCCGUCAAGUUCUACACCGACCAGGGAAACUACGACCUGGUCGGCAACAACUUGCCGGUCUUCUUCAUUCGGGACGGCAUGAAGUUCCCCGACAUGGUCCACGCCUUCAAGCCCAACCCUGUGACGAACUUGAUCGACAACUGGCGUUUCGUGGACUUCUUCUCCCACCAUCCAGAGAGCCUCCACAUGUUCGCGCAUGUGUUCGACGACAUCGGCAUCCCAAAGGACUACCGCCACAUGGACGGUUUCGGAGUGCACACAUUCAAGUGGAUCAACAGCGAGGGGAAGGAGUACCUCGUAAAGUACCACUGGAAGUCCAGCCAGGGUGUGGAGUCCCUGCGUGACGACGAGGCACAGCGCAUCGGUGGAAGGGACAACGUGCACGCCACGCGCGACCUGUACACGAGCAUCGCGGCGGGCGACUUCCCCGAGUGGGUGCUCCACGUGCAGCUCAUGGACCCCUCCCGCGCCGCCACGCUGGACUUCGACCCCCUGGACGUCACCAAGACAUGGCCAGAGAACCUGUUCCCUCUCGUGGAGGUCGGACGCAUGGUGCUCGACAAGAACAUCGACAACUUCUUCAACGAGAACGAGCAGCUGGCCUUCAGCCCCGCUCUUGUGGUGCCCGGCAUCACGUACUCGGAGGACAAGCUGCUCCAGUCGCGCAUAUUCUCGUACACCGACACGCAGAGAUACCGCAUUGGGCCUAACUACCUCAACCUGCCGGUGAACGCGGCCAGGAGCGGCACCAUGAACAACCAACAGGUGGACAGCGUCAUGAACUUCGUCAACAAGCCCAACGAGGAAAUCAACUACUUCCCCUCGAAGUUCAGCGGCGCCCUGCUUGCGGAUGAGUAUCCCAUCUCCAGGGAGGGCAUCUGCAGCAGGCGCACCCAGGAAGUCAUCCCCAAGGAGAACAACUUCGACCAGGCUGGCGAACUGUACCGCAGCUGGCCCGCCGAUCGACAGGAGCGGUUCGCCGAAAGGAUUGCCCAAAACUUCCUCCUCCAGCCAAGGGUCACCCAGAGGCUCCAAAGGAUAUGGGUGGAUUACUGGACCACGGUCGACGAGAGCCUUGGAAAGAGCCUCAUCAGCAGGUUGACGGACGCCGGGGUGUACCUGUGA